CGGGAUCCCACCCGGCGUCGUUCCCAAACGCGGCCGCGCCGGCGUGUUCUGAUUGGCUGGCUCUGGAGGCGGGGAAGGGAGCACUUCCUGAAGCGCGAGGCAGGAAGUUAUCUGGUAUCUGUGGAGUCGUGGAGAAAGCGCUCUCUGCCGCCUGAGGAGCGGCGAGGGCGAGAGGGGGGCUGCGAGAGACGGGCCGCGGGGCCCCAUCGGCGCUGGGAGGCCGUCCCCGUCGCUCCGAGCCCGGCUGCUGGACGCCGCCACAGCGGGCGACGAGCCGGGCAUCGCCUGGGCCGCCAGCUGGGGGACGGCCGCCGGUGGCAGCGCGCUGAGCCUCGGAAAGACGUGCCCUUGUCGUGCAUUCCCGAAUCCCUGGUCCAGAGCCACUUCCUCGGACCCGGGACUAGAACGGAUCCAAAACGCUCAGCCCCGGCCCGCCACGGACGGGGCUCUGCAUUGUCUCCGACAUGUCACCCACCGUCUCCCACAAGGACAGCAGCCGGCAGCGGCGGCCGGGCACUUUCAAUCACUCUCUGGAUCUCAAGAGCGGUCCUCUGCCGCCGGGCGGCUGGGAUGACAGCCCUCCGGACUCGGUGGGCGGCGAGGGGGACCGAGAGGCCCUGCUCGGUGAGGCCGGCGUGGCUGACCCCUCCAAAGCCCCGCGGAGUUGCCAGGCCGAAUUGAGCAGCAUUUUGCUCCUGGUCUUCCUUUACGUGCUCCAGGGCAUCCCGUUGGGGCUAGCGGGAAGCAUACCACUCAUUUUGCAAAGCAAAAACGUUAGCUAUACGGACCAAGCUUUCUUCAGUUUCGUCUUCUGGCCUUUCAGUCUCAAAUUGCUCUGGGCCCCGUUGGUUGAUGCGGUCUACCUUAAGAACUUCGGUCGUCGCAAAUCCUGGCUUGUGCCUACCCAAUAUGUACUAGGCUUCUUCAUGAUCUACUUGUCCACCCAGGUGGACCGUUUGCUCGGCAGUGCGGACGGCAGGACGCCCGAUGUGGUAGCUCUCACGGUCGCGUUCUUCUUGUUCGAGUUUCUGGCCGCCACUCAGGACAUCGCUGUGGACGGCUGGGCGCUAACGAUGUUAUCCCGGGAAAACGUGGGCUAUGCUUCCACGUGCAAUUCGGUGGGCCAGACAGCGGGCUACUUUUUGGGCAACGUUUUGUUUUUGGCCCUUGAAUCUGCUGACUUUUGUAACAAAUACUUGCGAUUUCAACCUCAACCCAGGGGAAUCGUUACGCUUUCAGAUUUUCUUUUUUUCUGGGGAACUGUAUUUUUGAUAACAACGACAUUAGUUGCCCUUCUGAAAAAAGAAAACAAGGAGGUAUCAGUAGUUAAAGAAGAAACGCAAGGGAUCACAGAUACAUACAAGCUGCUUUUCUCCAUUGUGAGAAUGCCAGCAGUUUUGACAUUUUGCCUUCUGAUCCUUACUGCAAAGAUUGGUUUUUCAGCAGCAGAUGCAGUAACGGGAUUGAAACUGGUGGAAGAGGGAGUACCCAAAGAACAUCUAGCCUUACUGGCAGUUCCCAUGGUUCCUUUACAGAUAAUAUUGCCUCUGAUUAUCAGCAAAUACACUGCUGGUCCCCAGCCACUAAACAUAUUUUACAAAGCCAUGCCCUACAGACUGCUGCUUGGGUUAGAAUAUGCACUGCUGGUUUGGUGGACUCCUAAAGUGGAGCAUCAGGGGGGAUUCCCCAUCUAUUACUAUGUCAUUGUGCUGCUGAGUUAUGCAUUACAUCAGGUCACAUUGUACAGCAUGUAUGUUUCUAUAAUGGCUUUCAAUGCCAAGGUUAGUGAUCCACUUAUUGGAGGCACAUACAUGACUCUUUUAAAUACCGUGUCCAAUCUGGGAGGAAACUGGCCUGCGACAGUAGCUCUUUGGCUGGUGGAUCCCCUCACAGUGAAAGAGUGUGUGGGCGCAUCGAACCAGAACUGUGGAACAGCAGAUGCUGUCGAGCUUUGCAAAAAACUUGGUGGCUCAUGUGUUACAGCACUGGAUGGUUAUUAUGUGGAAUCCAUUAUUUGCGUUUUUAUUGGAUUUGCUUGGUGGUUCUUUCUUGGUCCAAAGUUUAAAAAGCUACAGGAUGAAGGACCGUCUGCAUGGAAGUGCAGAAGAAGCAGUUAAUGCAUGCACUACAGGACAUUCUAGAAAGGUAACUGUAGUUUAAGUCAGAGAGCAAUGAUAAUCAGUGCACAGAAUUGUAAAAUAUUUGAAAAAGAAAUUAUUACUAUAAAAUGCCAAAUGUUUGAAAAAUAGAGACCUCUCUGUACAUCUGAUUCUAUUUCCCCUUGCCUUGUCAAUGUAUUUGAAGUUUACUUAAGGUCCGAAAAUUGAUUCUAAAGCAACUUUUCCGGACUUGUUAUUUGAGUUCUUCCUUUUAAAUUUAAUAACCAAAGCACAUUUUAAGCUGCACUACAGUAGUCAUGGACAGUAACCAUGCAGUCAAGUAUUGUUACCAGCUCCUCUCAUUCAGUUGUAUGUAUAAAUUGAGUACUACAUAUUACAUGGAAGGGUACUUGAUAUUCAGUGCUAACUACACAUAGUCUGACCUUACUGACAGUCAAACUUUACUUUGAUUUAUAAAUUGGUUCAAUUUUAUGUGAGAUUUGCUGAGCAGGCAAUAUAGACUAACAAAACGUCAUUUUAGUUAUUUUUCUGACCAUGACCAGGUUGUACAAAUGCACUUGUGUUUAAAGAAAUAUUUUAAAUGUAUUUCCUGCUUUUUUAGGCAUUAAAGAUUUAUAAGAAGAUUAUCAAACUAUUUUUUAUAAAAUGAAAGCUGUGAUUUCUAAUUUAUUGAUUCCCCUUCUCAGCCCUCUGUUUUGGAAGAUAUUUUGACUCUUUGUUAACUUUUAUUCCACAGCUUACAUGUGGGUUUUGUCAUGAGUGCUUCAUGGCACACAAGCAGCUAAAAAGGGGAUCAAAUUUAGUGUUAUAUGUAUGUUCGUGGCAAUAAUUUGAAAAUAAAGAUUAAAGAUAUUCUGCCAGUAGUUUUUUUUUUCCUGAGGAAGAUUGGUAAUACCAUUGUUCUAAAAUGACUAUUUUAAAAAAAGGAAAAGGUGUUUUGUGUCUUUGAAAAAAUUAAACCAUAUGCUGGAGGGACAUUUCUUAAGUAAGCACUUUAUUAGUGAAAAAGAUCUCAUGUUUGCUUUCUGCCAAAUCAAGCACCAUAUUUCCAUUUAUUACAACACAGCCUUCGGAUCGCAAACUGUAG